GGUGGGAAACCUAUAUAAAUGCUUGCAUCUAAAAUUGUAUCAAUUUUAUCGUGCUUUUCUUCACCCGGUGACGAUCAAAAUGCUUCUGGACAGAAGCAUUUUUCUUCAGGCUUGUUUGCUCUUAACCUUGACACAAUGCUACUGCCAAGACUACGAAACCAACUACGACGAGGGCGAAGACGCCCAGGACGAGUCCGGCCCUGUAGACUACUCUAAAUAUUACGCGGUGGACACCUCCGCACCUCUAGUCGCAAACCAAGGUAAUCCGGGUCAAGUCGGGUUCACGAGCCCUAUUGAAUACGCAUCGUUCUUUGACCCUUCAAUAGAUUUCGGAGCGUCCAUUAAACAAGAGGUCGCUCAACCCAAGAACCCUUUUGCCGCCCAAACUAAGACUUUCGGGUUCGCGGUCAACCAGCAGCAGUUUCCCGACUUCUCGCAGAGUGGUCAUUUUCCCAUUGAUUACUUCGAACAAGCGCAGAGAGCACAGCAGAAGACCAAUCAGGAAGAAGACGAUUUCGUGCCGGAAGGUCCCACUUACAUCUCUCACAAUUUGCCUUUGACUCUCGACGGUGAGUACAGUUCUGAAGUUGGGAAAGUUCAAGCUAAACCUAAAGCGAAAAAGAAGCACGAGUACGACGUGGAAAAGGAGGCCGCUGCGGAGUACGACUACCAGCCGUCGGCUCCUUCUGGCAAGUACACUGACUAUAACACUGGCAAGUCUAGUUCUACUGUUGCCCAGCACCCUCAGGCUGCAGGUUAUUACGAAAAACUUACCCAAGCGCCGACAGCCACUCCUUACCAAAAAUACAGUUUUCAGCCUGUGACUGAACAGAGCGUUCAGACCAAGUACUUGGGGGAGUUGAUUAGUACAGUGGCUCCUUUUAACCCUUCGUACAAUAAAGUAGCAAGCACGGCUGCCCCGGUUUUCGAAGGUCAACCCAGCGAAAACAUCCCGAGUCAUCUCAAAGACAAGAACUGCAGAAGAAUCAGGAAGCACAUUCCUGACGAAGAUGAACACAGUCGGAGGAAGAGGGACGCGAUGAAUUGCUUCGUCUGUGAAGAUCCUGGAAGCAGUGCCAAAUUCACACAGUGCUCGUACGCCGUGGAACCAGAACCCAAAAACGACUAUAGCGGAGUUUCCGAAAGGUACUCCACCCCGUCGCAGGAUCCAGACGGUUUUAGAUACAAGAGGUACUCAGGCGAAACCGCCGGAGUCAGACACAAGAGGUACUCAGGCGACGGCACCGAUCCCUACGAAUACAUCAAGUCGCGAUCCCAGAAAUCGUACGACGAAGAAGAAGAAAAAAAGUACGACGAGUACAAAAUCCCGGAAUUCUAUACCGCUGAUGACGGAAUUGACAAAAGUUUCUCGGAAAUUCAGUCCGAAGCUAUUACCAAUAACCCAGCGAACUGUCACAAAGAAGAAAGCGAAGGGAUGACUUGCACCAUCUGCAAGGACCCGAAGACUGGAGGCAACUUCGAACAGUGUUCCUACACGUCUGAACCCAAAGCACAAAAGUAUGCUUUCGUGACGGAGAAGAAGUACGACAGCGACGAACCCGAACAAGGUUCAGAGACCAAACCCGUCGUACAAACUAAAGAAAUUGAAAGUAGCAUCAAGAGUAUAAAGAAGGAAGAAAUUGAUCCUUCCAAAGAGUACAAAGCGCUUAGUUUACCCAGUAACGACAAUAGCAAGUUUGCAAAAGCUGAAGACUUUGCGUCCCAAUCCAACGAAUUCAAACCGGUCACUUUACCAAACAACGACAACUCAAAAUAUGGUAAAUUAGAAGAUUUUAGUUCGGAAACGAAAGAAUUCAAACCCGUUACUUUAGCAAGUAAUGAGAAUGCUGAAUUUAGCAAAUUCGACAACUUCAAGCCUGCUGAAAUGUACAAAGCUAACUAUGAAGGUCACGACAAGUUCAAACUGUCCGAACAGUACAACCCUGAUUCUAAGGAAGACCCAACUUCAAAAAAGGAACAGUAUAAACCCAUUGAAGGUUUCAACACUGGUAUUCCUGGUGCCCAAGGACCCCCUAAGAAACUCGUUAGUGACGACCCAUACGAUAUCCCCAAACACUUCGCUGAAAGUACCAUCAAGGAACAAAAAACGGGAGUCCGGGGCUUGGAACCCAGUCUCUACGGUAGUCCCGAUUCUGCUGAAGCAGAAGGAGACGAUGCGGAUUCCCCCAGAAGUUCCGAACCCUACAAAGAUAUAGAUGAGUACCACUUCAAACUCUUCCCCGAAUUCCACCACGAAGAGUCCCAACAAGCUCAAGUAGUAGCAAGUGACCCGUCAGCCGAAACCACUAGAAAAGACGUAGAAGAAGUAUUAGCAGAAUUCACCCAAAAGGAUCGUUCCGCUUGCAAAAAAGCUCAAAAGAAUGGUAUGACUUGCUACUUGUGUGUGGACAAGAAGGGUAUCCAGCACGAAGAGUGCAUGUACGUGUCUGAGUCCAAACCCCAAGCAAGCCACCUCGCCUACCACGAAGUCAAACAAAUCAAAGCCCCUGAAGGCGAAAACAAAUCCGGUGAGCAAGUACCCGCUGGUACUGAAGUAGCGAACCAACAAGCAGCGGUUGAAGCACCAGCAGUAGUACCAGCGCAAGCAGUAGUACCAGCAGCAGCGGCUCCUGCUACCAUGGAAGCCGCCGCUUCCGAAGACUUUGAAACCAGGGUUAAAUACAACCCGAAAAGAAGCCCAAAGAAGAACGUGAAGAAAGUCAGAGAGCCGGAACGGUCGGCCACUAACGAAAGUCCUCAGAAAGAAAGAGAUUUUGAUGAAGAGCCAAACAAGAAAACUCCUGCUGAGUUUGUGGUAGGUGCUGAAGAAGGAGCUUUCAGUGCUGAAACCAAACCGGUUUAUAGUAAAAGACUUGGGGUUAAGCUACCCAGGUAUAUGAUCGAAAAGUCGGAGUUUGAGCGGGAAUUUGAUGAAUUUGCCGGUACUCAUUAGUAAAUUAGUCAUGUAAUAACAAAAAGUGUUUUUGUUGUGAUAGUUUUAAGUAUUAUGUAAUAUAUGUUAUUAAAUUGUUAUUGUUAUGAUGUUGUUGAAAUUUUAUGUUAAUAAAGACCAUACAAAUUUUUUA